UGUAAACCAUGGCUUUAUAGCUCUACCGUAGGUAGCCAUGUUAAGGGCUUUGUAAGCCAUGCCACUUUUUGCAAAGGGCUUUCGUGUAGGUUCAGGGCCUGACCAGGAACGAUGGCUGAUAGUGAAAAAAUUAGGGGAAGGCCAGUUCGCGGAGGUGUACGAGGUCAAAGACACAUUGGAUGCUGAAAAGCGGUAUGCUCUCAAGAUUGAGCGCCGGCGAGAUGUGCGCAGCGUCAAGCAAGAGUUUAAGGUGCUUAAAAAGAUACAAGAGCGGUCGCCCAGCAUGGUAUGCACUGUGCAUGCCUGCGGGACGUUCGACGACCGCUUCUUCAUGAUCAUGGAGCUCCUGGGCAACAACGUGGCUGAGGCGCGCAAGGCGGCGGGCGGCCGCUUCGACCUGGGCACCGUACGGCGCCUGGCUGCCAGCAUGCUGCGGGGGCUGGAGGAGGUGCAUGCGGCGGGGUUCGUGCACCGCGACGUGAAGCCAGCCAACUUCGCUGUGGGACCCGCCUUUGCGGAUCCGCUCACAGGCAACUGGAAGGUGAUUGACUUUGGUUUGGCUCGGCGCUAUCUGGACGAUGCGGGGGAGGUGCUGCCGGAGCGGACAGACACCUCCUUCAGGGGUUCCACGACGUACGCCUCGGUGCAUGCGCACGCGGAGCAGGACCUGGGCCGCCGGGACGACCUGUGGUCCUGGCUGUACUGCACCAUUGAGCUGCUGGAGGGCACCCUUCCCUGGCGCACUGACCAGAACAAGGACCCCGACAGCCGGGAGGCGGUGCUGCGGCUGAAGCAGGCGUGCAUCGCCGACCCGCCCAGGUACCUCCGACCCCCCGGUUCCAUCGGCGGAGGUCCUGCAGGCGGAGGCGGCCCUCAGCAGCAGCAGCAACAACAACAGCAGCAGCAGCAGUACCAUGCAAUGCUACAGCCCCUGCUGCUGGGUCCCGUACAGCAGCUCUCCAACUACAUUGCCUCGCUGGGAUUCGCCGACGCGCCCGACUAUGCGCUCAUGUACAACUGCCUGCAGCAACUGCCGGACGAUCUGCCGGGGCUUAUGCUGCCGGGAGGAGCACCUGGGAUGCAGCCCGGGGCGCCCGGGGGCAUGCCUGGCAUGUGGGGUCCAGGGGCGGCGGCGGCGGGCGGCCCGGCGGCGGGUGAGGCGCCGUACGGCCAGGCGGCCGCUGCAGCGGCGGCGGCGGCGGCAGCAGCUCAGAUGAUGUACCACCAGCAGUUCUUCGGGCACCCCCAGCAGCACCCCCUGCAGCUGCCCUUGCCCCACCCUGCUGCGGACAUGGCGGCAGCAACGGGCGGCUACUGGCCGCGCCCUGGCACUGCCGGCGGCGCUGCCGGCCCCUCCUGGGGCGACCCUGGAGCCAUGUUUGCCCUCCAACAGCAGCAGCAACAGCAGCACCAACAACAGCAACAUUCGCACCCUCACCAGCAGCAGCAGCACCAACAACAGCAUUCACUGCAGCAGCAACACCAGCAGCAGCAGCAACAACAACAACAACAACAGCAGCACCGAUACCCUAGUGGUACAGGCGGCGGACCCAUGGGUCACCAUCCCGGCGGGCCGCCGCCGCCCCCGGAUCCUGGCCGUUCCCCGCUACACUUCCAGCAUCAACCACCGCAACAACAACAGCAGCAACAACCAGGCGACAGCCCGGCGUCACCCUCGCCCCAGUACGGUGGUAGCGGUGGUGGCGGCGGCGGCCCCAUGCACGACCAACAGCAUCA